AUGUCCGGACGCCAGGCAACGCCACCGCGAGCAACUCGCUCAGCGGGUAAACUUCCACCGAACCCUCCUACUCCAGAGCAGAUCAGACGUAUGGAAGAGGCUAGGUUGAAGGCAAAGGCUGCUGCACAACAAGCACAAUCAUCAUCCGCGCCCAAAACAGGCGAGAAACGCGCAUACUCGUCCAUUACAGCCUCACAGACUCCAUCCACAGUUCGAAAUGCCGCCGCCGCAUCACCGCAGAAGCCUGAUCAGAAUGGCUUCAUACAGCCUCCGUCGAACGACUACAUUCAGCCCGCGAAGAAAUACGCCAGGUCAGACUUUAUCGAGUAUGACUUUAGUAAGAUGACGGAUACAAAGGGUGGUUUCUUGAGCACGGCGGACGACCCACAUAACAAGGCUAUGUGGAAGGGGCAGCCAAAGGAAGAGCAAAAGCCCGAAGGCAUGACAAUAACAGAGUGGGAAAGGGAGCGUAUAAGGCGGAAGUUACGCGCGAACAGGGCGGGACCCUACGAACCUGGCAUCUCCAUUCUGAACACCGUCAAUGGCAAAGAAGAAGAAGACGAAGAAGCCGCCUUACUCGAAGCCGCCGAAAACGCCGAAAUCGAAAGCGGCACCUUCAAAGGCAAAUACGGCGACGGCAAACGCGACAUCAAAGGCAAAUGCCGCGAAUGCUCCAGCCUAGAAAUUGACUGGAAAUGGCAAGACACCUUCUCCAUCUCCGUCUGCAACGCCUGCAAAGAAAAACUUCCCGAAAAAUACUCGCUCCUCACCAAAACCGAAGCCCGCGAUGACUACCUCCUCACCGACCCAGAACUCAAAGACGAAGACCUCCUCCCCCACCUCGAGCGGCCCAACCCUCACAAACAAUUCUUCCACCCCAUGCAACUCUUUCUCCGCCUCCAAGUCGAAGCCUACGCUUUUAGCCCCGCGAAAUGGGGUUCGCCUGAGGCCCUCGACGCUGAAUACGCAAAACGCCAAGUCGUCAGUAAAGAACGCAAGCAAAAGAAGUUUCAGAACAAGCUAGAGGAUUUAAAGAAGAGGACGAGAGUUGAGGCCUAUAAGCGCGCAAGGCUGGCGGGAGAUAGCGAUGGAGUGCAGUUUGGACAGAAGAUUAAGGGCAGGUAUGAUCGUCAUGAGCAUGAGUGGGGGAGGAGCGUACUAGAUCCUGAGACGGGCAUGACGAAGAAGAGGUGUGAGGAGUGUGGGAUGGAGGUUGAGGAAUUGGAGUUUUAG